GUUUUCCCCCAAGAAGAGCACGCCAGCUUCUCCUCCGGCUCUUCUUCUCCACCUCCUCCUUGCGUAGCUACCCGCCCUGGCCAGUAACACCACCACCUCCACCGCAAUGGCGAGCAACGGGCUGAUCCUCGAGAACGACCCGCUCAAGUGGGGCGCGGCGGCGGCCGAGCUGGCCGGGAGCCACCUGGACGAGGUGAAGCGGAUGGUGGCGCAGGCCCGCCAGCCCGUGGUCAAGAUCGAGGGCUCCACCCUCCGCGUGGGGCAGGUGGCCGCCGUGGCCGCCGCCAAGGACGCGUCCGGCAUCGCCGUCGAGCUCGACGAGGAGGCCCGCCCCCGCGUCAAGGCCAGCAGCGAGUGGAUCCUCGACUGCAUCGCCCACGGCGGUGACAUCUACGGCGUCACCACGGGGUUCGGCGGCACCUCGCACCGCCGCACCAAGGACGGGCCCGCCCUCCAGGUCGAACUCCUCAGGCAUCUCAACGCCGGAAUCUUCGGCACCGGCAGCGACGGCCACACGCUGCCGUCGGAGACGGUCCGCGCGGCCAUGCUCGUGCGCAUCAACACCCUUCUCCAGGGCUACUCCGGCAUCCGUUUUGAGAUCCUCGAGGCCAUCACCAAGCUGCUCAACACCGGCGUCAGCCCGUGCCUGCCGCUCCGGGGCACCAUCACCGCGUCCGGCGACCUUGUCCCACUGUCCUACAUUGCGGGCCUCAUCACCGGCCGUCCCAACUCGCAGGCCGUCACCGUGGACGGCAGGAAGGUGGACGCUGCCGAGGCCUUCAAGAUCGCCGGCAUCGAGGGCGGCUUCUUCAAGCUCAACCCCAAGGAGGGCCUCGCCAUCGUUAACGGCACGUCCGUGGGUUCCGCCCUCGCGGCCACCGUGCUGUACGAUGCCAACGUCCUCGCCGUCCUCUCCGAGGUCCUGUCCGCCGUGUUCUGCGAGGUCAUGAACGGCAAGCCGGAGUACACCGACCACCUCACCCACAAGCUCAAGCACCACCCGGGCUCCAUCGAGGCCGCGGCCAUCAUGGAGCACAUCCUGGAGGGCAGCUCCUUCAUGAAGCACGCCAAGAAGGUCAACGAGUUGGACCCCCUGCUCAAGCCCAAGCAGGACAGGUACGCGCUCCGCACGUCGCCGCAGUGGCUGGGCCCCCAGAUCGAGGUCAUCCGCGCGGCAACCAAGUCCAUCGAGCGCGAGGUCAACUCCGUCAACGACAACCCGGUCAUCGACGUCCACCGCGGCAAGGCGCUCCACGGCGGCAACUUCCAAGGCACCCCCAUCGGUGUGUCCAUGGACAACGCCCGCCUCGCCAUUGCCAACAUCGGCAAGCUCAUGUUCGCGCAGUUCUCCGAGCUGGUGAACGAAUUCUACAACAACGGCCUCACCUCCAACCUUGCCGGCAGCCGCAACCCCAGCCUGGACUACGGCUUCAAGGGCACCGAGAUCGCCAUGGCCUCCUACUGCUCUGAGCUCCAGUACCUCGCCAACCCGAUCACCAACCAUGUCCAGAGCGCGGAGCAGCACAACCAGGACGUGAACUCCCUCGGCCUCGUCUCGGCCAGGAAGACCGCCGAGGCCAUCGACAUCCUCAAGCUCAUGUCCUCCACGUACAUUGUCGCCCUCUGCCAGGCCGUCGACCUGCGCCACCUCGAGGAGAACAUCAAGACCUCGGUGAAGAACUGCGUGACGCAGGUGGCCAAGAAGGUGCUCACCAUGAACCCGACCGGCGACCUCUCCAGCGCGCGCUUCAGCGAGAAGGAGCUCAUCACCGCCAUCGACCGCGAGGGCGUGUUCACCUACGCCGAGGACCCGGCCAGCGCCAGCUUCCCUCUGAUGCAGAAGCUCCGCGCCGUGCUGGUGGACCACGCCCUCACCAGCGGCGACGCCGAGCGGGAGCCCUCCGUGUUCUCCAAGAUCACCAAGUUCGAGGAGGAGCUGCGGUCGGUGCUGCCCCGGGAGGUGGAGGCUGCCCGCGUGGCCGUGGCGGAGGACACCGCGCCGGUGGCCAACCGGAUCAAGGAGAGCCGGUCGUUCCCGCUCUACCGCUUCGUCCGCGAGGAGCUCGGCUGCGUGUUCCUGACCGGCGAGAAGCUCAAGUCCCCCGGCGAGGAGUGCAACAAGGUGUUCCUGGGCAUCAGCCAGGGCAAGCUCAUCGACCCCAUGCUCGAGUGCCUCAAGGAGUGGGACGGCAAGCCCCUGCCCAUCAACUAGGACGCGCGCGCCAUCCAUCCAUGCAAGGCCGGAGGAGAGGAGAGGGGAAGAAAAUACGUCAAAAAUAAGCACUUCGUGUAUGUUCAGAUCGUGUCGCGUUCGUCUUUCGUCGAUCAUUCGUUGGUGACUGUUGGUUAUAUUGACCGAUCCAUAUGUGAGUAUGUGUGUGUGUGGCGUUGUUCUUUUGUGUAGCUGCGCUGCCACCGCCUGCAAUGUGCAUGCAACGGCGGGCAGCUUUUCUAAGAUAUACUGUCGUAUUUUGGGGUGAACUAGCUACUCAAUUCCUUGUUUUAAUUAUCCUAAUAGAAUGUUUUGCUCUUGUAA